UGCUGCGGACAUAUCCGAAGGAGACGAUGGCAUUCAAGUGCAAACUGGUGGCGCUUAUUCAACUCGGCCGCAUGGAUGAGGCACUGACGUUAAUCAAGAAGACUCCUCCGCAUCACAUGGGGCAAGCGCCUCCGGAUGACUACCGAUGCGCGGAAUUGAGGGCGCAGUUGCUGUAUCGUGCCGAGAAAUUUGAAGAAGCCUCAAAAAUUUUCAUGUUGCUGCUGAAGGAGUAUUCGGAUGAUUACGAUGAAGUGCGUCGCACUAAUUUGAUCGCUACGAUUGCGCAGCUACAGGCUGGCGGCUUCGCUCAGAAGUGCUAAAA